AUGACCAAGUCGUCUUUCACUGGAAAUAGUGAAAGAUCUACAGAACUGUUAGGGAUCAUCCAUAGUGAUGUAUGUGGUCAUAUGACAGUUCAGGGCUAUGCCUUGGAGAUUGCAAUUCACACACUAAACCGUGUGCUGUCCAAAUCAGUGGAUAAAACUCCAUAUAAACGAUUUAACGAGCGAAAGCCUAAGUUAUCUUAUUUGAGAGUUUGGGGUUGUAGGGCUUAUGUCAAGAAAUUGACUAGAAAUAAGCUUGGCCCAAAAUCUGACAAAUGUAUCUUUGUGGGAUAUCUCAAGGAAAACCAUGGGAUACUAUUUCUAUUAGCCAAAAGAGUGAAAGGUUUUUGUAGCUUGAUCUGGGUAUUCUUGGAAAAGGAAUUUAUCCAAAAUAGUACAGGAGGUAGAAAGGUCAAACUUGGUGAAGUUCCGACUCCACAAGAUAUGGCUGAUAAUGAACAGGCAAAUGUACUACCAGAAAUGGAGGAACAUCAAGAGUAG